UAACUUAUGAGAAACUGCCUUAUUUAUAAUGGUGUUCAGUAUUCCAGUUACAAGAUCUUAUGAUCCAACGAGAGCAUAUCCGUAUUUAACAAAGAAGUUUAAGAGAAGAGACCCAAAUAUGCAUUUUUAUAUACCAGUGGAGUGCCCAUAUCUCAAACGAUGUACAGAUGGAUAUUGCCCUUUAUCACAUACUAAAUUAGAAAUUAUGUUUCACCCUAUGGUAUAUAAGAGUCGUAGAUGUAAAAUGGCUCGUAGUGGUAGUUGUAGAUUUUCAUGGCAUUGUACAUUUUACGAUAAUGAAUCGGAGAAGUUAGCUGCACAUCUUCUAUGGCUUCUAUGGGAAAGAACAUGGGAUUUAUGGAGAUCUAAUAUCAAGUUUAUUUUAAAUGCGCACAGAAAAUUGUGCUACAGAACAAUAAACAUAGUCUCUUUAGUGGCAAAUAACAGAGGUGAUUUAGGUCUAUGCGUAGCUAUGUUGUCGUCUAGCACUAAGGAGUUGUCUUUUAGAAACGCAGAGAUAGAAAGGUUGUUUUGUAAUCAAAUAUCUACACUGUAUAACACUGGUGAGAGCAUAUGUGGUUUCAACCCUGACAUUGCGUUAUUAUGCUCUAGUAAUAAUCCAUUUUUGACCUCCUGUUAUACACCGAAACCAUCACUAGAAGUUUUUUACGAAUGGUUUUUUACACAGGAUGUUAAAUCAUCGGAACGUCCUGAAGUACUUGAAAUAAAAUAAAUUUAGUUUUUAUAUUUUACUAAAAUAACUUCACAUU